AUGCCACCUUCCCUUUGCCGGCCCCUGACCGGGGCCCCCAGAGGCCCUGGUCACGAGGCCAGGAAGAGCCGGCGGGGGACGCCAGCGCUGCAGGCCUUCCCAGUCUUCUGCUGGCCCCUGACGCCCGGGCCCCUUGGUUGCCGCCGGUUCGGAGCCCUCCUGGAGGGCCCUGCAGGUCGAAAACUGGCCUCCCAGCGGGCCCCUCCUGGGAGUGCAGUCUGCUGUCCUUUCGGCCCUCCAGGAGGGCUUCCUGCGCCGGCACGCGGGCCUCCCCAGAGGCCCGUUGCCUUUGCUUUGGGCUCCUCCAGGAGGGCCCCAAGGGACAGGAAACUUGGCCUCUCAGGGGACCCGCAUGCCUGCCACUGGAACCCUCCUGGCAGUGACAUCCUUGCGACGGCAACGUGCCUCCCAGGGUCCGCUGCCGCCGGCUUUGGAGCCCUCUGGAGGACCCCUGUUCUGAAUGGCCCAACAAAUGCCUCCCCAUGGGCCCGCUGCCGCCACCGGAGCCCUCCUGGAGAGCCCCUCAAAUACGCCGGGGCAAAUGGCCUCCAAGGGGCCGCUGCCGCCGCCCCGGGAACCCCUCCUGGAGAGCUGCACCAACACGGCAACUUGCCUCCCAUGGGGCCCUGCUGCCGUCGAAGGAGCCCUCCUGGAGGCCCAGUGACUGCAACUAAUGCCUCCCAGGGGCCCGCUGCCCAACCCGUUGGGAAGCCCUCCUGCACGGAACCUGCGCACGGCAACGGGCCUCCCCGGUGCCCGCUGACGCAGUUGGAGACCCACUUGGAGGACCCUGGUGCAAGGCAACGGCCUCUGGGAGGCCCUCGCCGUCGCAGGGAGCCUUCUCCUGGAGGGCCACGGGACAGCAACUGGCCUCCCAGGGGGCCCGAUGCUGUAACAGGAGCCACUCCUGGAGGGCACCAACGAAACGGCCAACUGCUCCCCGGGCCUUCUGCUGCCGUCGCAGGAGCCCUCCUGGCAGGGCCCCAGCCGACGACACACUGGCCUCCCAUGGGCCCUGCUGCCUUCCGCAGUGAGCCCAUCCUGCAGGUCGCCCCAGCGGCUGGCAACUUGCACUCUCCAAGGGGCCGCUGGCCGUCGCAGGGCCCUCCUAGAGGCCCCCCAGCUGGUGGGCCAACUGGUCCUCCAGGGGCCCCCUGCCGUCGCAGGAGACCUCUCCGGGAGGCCCCAGCAGCCGGCCGGAGCAACCAAAGGCCUCCCAGGGGCCCCUGCCAGUCGCAGGAGCACCUCCUGGGCAGGGCCCCAGCAGCGGCAACGGGCCCUCUCCAGGGCUACCGCUGA